GGUCGCCUGCGGGUGGCCUCGGGCCGGGGAGGUGCGGAGGCUGAGGCCUGGAGCGUUUAACUUUAAUUCUUUGAUCUUGGUCCCGGCGUGAAGAGGCCGCGAGUCGCCUGUUGAGACUAGUAAUCCCAGGACUAGGAAGGGCUGCAAGCGGGGCUCUCCCUCCCUGGUUUGGGGGCGCCUCUGCGGGGAAGGUUCCUGGGGAGCGGCUGAAAGGUGGGGAGCCGGGCUGGGCCCCUGGAGGGCGAGGCCCCCCUCUUCCCGGGAGCUUUGGCGUCUCUGGCCCGCGGCAGCCCAGCGUGCAGGUGGUGUGGUGGUGUGCAGGUGCCUGGCAGUAGCUGGUAAAUGAGGGUCUCCUGGGUUCACAGAUGAUUGCUCAACUCUUGUCAGGUAACUCGCAUUAUUGCAGACUUGGAGCUACAGCAGUGAGGAGAAGAGAGAAAUUCUUGCAUUGCUGGUGUGGAACCAAGCAUAAGUAUUCUUUUUUUUUUUUUGCAUAAGUAUUCUUAGCCAUUGUUUUAUCAUUUUGUGUGUAACUGCCAUUUUAGAAUUUCAGGUCUUGCUGUCCCGGGAAAGACUGCAUUCCAGAGUUUGACCCCCCACCCCACUAUGGUCUUAUCUCAGUCUGCUAGCCACAGCGGAGCCCAGCAAUUCAGGCCACUAAUGGGGUCAAACUAGCCAUAAAAAAGCUGCAUCUCGAUGUGACCAAUCAGCUCAAAAACUGAAACUGCACCCACAGUUGUUAGGAAAUGCACCUGUGUAACCAAUGAAUGGUUGCCAACAUAAUUUAAUUUUUAGAGAUCUGCUUGUAACCCUAUAUAAAAUCCCUGUUCUCUUUGUUCAGGGCUCUUGCUAUCUGCCACUGCGUUGGUAGGUGCCGUGAGCCUGGACUCGAGUCUGUAAUAAACCCCCUUUUGUGUUUGCAUCGGCUGUCUUUGGCAUCUUGGAGGCUAUGCUUGCAGAGUCUGCUGAUCUUGGGCACAACAGCUGGGACUAUUGCGGCCCAGUAAUUAAAGUUAAGUUAAAUAGAAAGUUUGUCAGGGCGCUGGGGAGUUGGAAGUUAUUGUUCUGUAGAGUGUGGGGGAAGGGCUAAGGGAAGGUAACAUUUGAGAAAACCCCUUAAGGAGAGCAGGGACAAGUCCAGGCAGAAAGUUGCUGUAGGGGUGUGAGCAGGGAGAGAAGGAAAUAGUAGGAAGAGAUGAGGCUACUGCGUUCAAGAGAUGGCAGGCUGGCAAAUGACUUAGAGUUUAUUUGUUAUAGGGAUUUUGACUCGCUGUGAGAUGGGAAGUCGAUAGGAGUUUUGAGCAGAGGAUGGUAUAACCGAGAGGAGCAGGUCUUUGUGAGGUUAACAGAUGCUGAUCUUCAUAGGUACAAAAAAGAACUGCUCAGGUGGUGGAGCAGUUUGGGAAUGAUGCCUAAGAGACAAAAGAGAAUUUUCUGGCAGUAGUUACAAAGGAGCUGAAUGAAGUGAGGGGUCAUGAAAAAAUUCUCAGGAAAUCAUUAAAAGAGGUCGUCAACCCUCUCCAGUUCCUGAUUUGUGGCAGGAGGACUGGACUACAAAUCUUCACCCUACAUUGUCCCGCCGCACCCACAUAACAGCUGUGGGGGUUUUGAAAGAAAGAUGAGGUGGAAGCUUCCAGAGGCUGUCCGGGGACAGUGGAGCAGGCAACACACCAAACUACCUUUGUGCCUGGCCGAAGAUGCUGUGAAAUAGGAACUGGGGCUCAGGACCAGGUUUAUUGUCUUUGGUUUCUCUGUUCUUCAUCUGAGGAUUGCCUUUUAAACCUGAUGAGGUUCAUCUUUUAAAAAUUCUUAUUGUGUACAUAUAUGAGAGGGUCCCAAGAAUACCUACCUGUAACUGAAACUGCUAGACGGAAAGGAAUUUCUUCACAUGGCUUCCGAGGAAGUGACCAUUACUGUUCGCCUCAUUCGUUCAUUUGAGCAUCGCAAUUUCAAACCUGUAGUAUAUCAUGGAGUUAAUUUGGGCCAAACUGUGAAGGAAUUUAUAUUAUUUCUAAAGCAAGAUAUACCUGUAAGGAACAACCUGCCACCGCCAUUCAGAAAUUAUAAAUAUGAUAAACUAAAGAUUAUUCAUCAAGCACAUAAAUCAAAGACAAAUGAGCUUGUGAUGAGUUUGGAGGAUGAUGACAGACUCCUGUUAAAAGAAGAGAGCACCCUCAAAGCUGCUGGAAUUGCCAAUGAAACUGAAAUUGCAUUCUUCUGUGAAGAAGAUUAUAAGAACUACAAAGCUAAUCCCGUUUCAUGCUGGUGAAAACCUCACAGGGCUUCCUUUUUUACAUACCUGUAUUAAGCUCUUUAUUCCACUAGUGAGUUUUUGAAAUUGUCAAAUAAACUUAAAAAGUUAAUCCUAAGCUCUGCUAUUUGAGCUAAAAUCUGUGGUGGUUUCUCUCCUGCAGGUCUCAUAUUUUUCUUUUUCCUUUUUUGUUAUAAAAGGGUAUAUUUAUAAGAACAUUUGAUUUUUUUUAAGUGAAAUAAGUAGUCAUU